CGCUCUCUCUAGUCUGAGGGACUCAACACCGCUGCAGCUCUGCACCCCCAACGCAGAAGGCUCGGCCUCCCCCCCGUGCACGUCGGCAGCGCGCAUGACGUCAGCCGCGGCUCGGGAUCCGCCCCGGCGUUUCCAGAACCGUCUCCGGGUUCCCCUCGCCAGCCGAGCCGGGCCGGGCACGCCAUGGCGCCGCAGCGCCGGCUCCUCCUGGCGCACGGCGCCGCCUACGCCCUGUCCGUGCUGGGCGGCCUGCUGACGGUGGUGCCGCUGGCGCUGAACGGCUCGCACUUCAAGGGCCGGUGCCUGCUCUUCAGCCGGGGCCACUGGCGGCCGGAGGGCGGCCUCGGGGCGCCCCGGCUGCAGGUGCUGGAGUGGGGGCCGCCGGCCGCCUGCCAGCUGCCCGCCUUCGUGGGGGUGUUCACGGUGCUGUUCGGGGCCGUGCAGAGCUGGCGGAGCCUCUUCUACCUGCAGCGCGGGCACGACGACACGCCGCUGUGCUCGGCUCUGACGCUGCUGCUCAGUGCCAGCCUGCUCCUUCUGUCUCUGGGCUCCAGCGUCACGCUCAGCCUGGGCUUCCAGUCCUGGUGCGACACCGUCACCGGCCAGCAGGCGGCGCCCUUCAGCUGUGCAGAGGCCCAGGCCACCCCCCUGUACCUGGACGUGGACACAACAGCCUUCUACAGCGAGCUCACCUGGGCACAGGCUGGCCUGUGGGGAGUGUCCGUGCUGUGGCUGGCCCUCUCUGUGCUGUCUUUCCUGAGGCUGUAUUGCUCCCACAGGAGGGAGGUACUAGGGCCCUGCCUGGCCAGGGAGAAGGAGCUCCUGCUGGGACUUGGCUGUGACCCUCAACCUAUGACCUCUCACCCCUGCACACAUGAACACCCCGCUGGGCACUUUAUCUGACCUCAACACAUACGCACAUAAACUGCACUGACCCCACUGGACACCUCAGGGCAGUGUGGCCCCCAGCACUGACCCCACUGGACACCUCAGGGCAGGCACUCAUGUACUUCUGACACACAGAAAUCAUGCAGUUGUAGUAGAGCCACACACAAACACACACACACACACACAGGGUGACCGCACUCAUACCCGCGCAGGAAACACACAUGGCCGCUGGGACAGCGCCCCCCGGAGGGUGGAGCUCGCCUGCCGCGGUCCGGAUGACAGAGUCUGUGGCGACGCCAGCGCCGGGAGAAGUUCUCCUCGCCUCCUCAAGGGGGCGCCGGCAGGCUCGCAGCUCUCCGCCAGGGCCGCACCCGGAGGAGUCGGAGCGACGUCCGAUCGGAAGGACGGAGCACGAGGGGGUCCAGUCCCUGUCUGGGGGGACCCCCCUGCUCUGAAGAGUGCCGCCUGAGGACACCCCCUUCCUCCAGGGUGCCCGGGGCUGACUGGGCUGCUGUGACCCCAGAUUCCAGAGCGAGGACCCCAGGGGUGAGCAGUGACCCCUCCGGGGUGGGGCGCCGUGUUCCUGCACAGAGUGUUAUUUUUCCAGGACCUGCGCGUCUGGCUGGAAGCGUGGUGGUGGUGGUGGUGGUGGUGGUUGUUGUUGGUGUUUUUUUUUAAAACAAAGUUAAUAAAGCUGAAUUUUAACUUUGAUUUUGCGAGUCUGCUUGUCCAUCUUCUGACGCCGUCAGCUUGUUCCACACCCCCACCCCCCACUGUGUACAGACGUGCCAGGGGCUCGUACCUGGAGCCCAGUGCCCCUGGGGGAGGGAUACAGAUCGUUGGCUUCUGGGACGUCCCACGCGGGCUGGGUGAAGAGACCUUGGGGUCCCCUGUGUUUCUGCCUGGGGGGCGCCCCAACACUUGCUGCUCAACAGCACAGACAGCGGGAGAGAUUCGGGGUGUCUAAACACCAGAGGACCUUGGGGUGUCGCUGGAGAGAUCCCUACCAGUCCGACCCCUGCUGCCUCGCUGCCUGCAUGGCCAGGGGGUCACUCCGCUGGGCACGGGGUCACUGCUCUGGCCAGGGGUCACUCCGCUGGGCAUGGGGUCACUGCUCUGAGCCUCUCCAGUAGGGAUGCUGGGGACCCCAUAAUGAAAAGAGUCACUUGGGGUGGCUGGUAUGCUUUUAAUACUGCAAUUCGCAGUAUUUGCAGCGUACUUGUAAGAUAAUAAAAUGAUAAAUUUGUUUAUGUUGAUGAAGCUAACAGUUGUUUUCCUGCUUCGUUUUGAUCAAGUGGCCAUUUUGACAGACGUCACUUCCCUAGUUUCUCGACUGAAACCUUCUCAGUGUCCAAUGGGUUUCUUUUUAUUCCUAAUCAGAAGCUUUCCGCUUACAGCCAAUAGAAAAAAAGCCCAGGCCUAACCCCUUCGUGUUGCUAGGUAAAAACGCGGGGCAGUGUACCACACUCGAUUUUAAAAGGAGGGUUUAAAAAUCAACCGUCCAAUCCAAAAAAGCGACAUAACGGUGCAUCGAGUGCCCAAUCGGCUGCGAGAGUUGAAGCCAGUGGGCGGGGUGACGGUCUCCUCUACCAAUCAGAAAAUUUAUGUUCCCAUGCGUCGUUGCUAGGUAAAACUCACGUAGGCUGGCCAGUCCCCGUUUCUUCCUUUCGUCAGGUGACGCUGUAUUUACAAACUGUAACGGGAUCUGAUAGCGGGCAAUAUAUUUUUUAAAAAUUAGGGGGAGACGGGAUAAUUUUUUUUUUUAACCAGAAAAAGGGAG